UGAAGCAGCUGCGCGAGGGACUUCAGCGCAAGCACCAGCAAACAGUGGAGGAGCUGCAGCAGCAAUUAGUGCCUGCCAUGAAGCGGAGAUGCAGCAGGCCCAGCUCCAGGCACAGACUCUCCACAGCCUGGAGCUGGAGGCUCUGCGCCUGAGCCUGAGUAACAUGCACACGGCCCAGCUGGAGCUGAGCCAGGCCAACCUGCGGAAGGAGAAGGAGACGGCGCUGGUGGAGCUCCGAGAGAUGCUCAAUGACAAGCGGGCACAGGAGGUGGCCCUCGUCCAGAGCCGCCAGCAGUUUGAACUGGAGCACAUCAGGGAGCAGCACCGCCAAGAGAAGGAAGAGAUGGCCUCAAAGCACCAGCAGCACAUAGCUGACUUGGAAAAGAAGCUGGAAUUAGAAAUGGAAACGCACGCACAGACAUUGGAGAAACUCAAGGGAGACUGGGACUCAGAGAGGGGCUCGUGCUUGAGAAGGCUAGAGGAAGAACUGGCCGAGAAACAUCGGGCAGAAGUGGAGAGCGUGCGCGAGGCUCUGAGGGCCCAACUGGACGACCAGAAGGCCGAGCUGGAGAAGAUGGGCCACGACAAGGCCCAGGCUGAAGCUGCUCUCAAAAGCGCACAGGCCCAGCACCACGUGGCGCUGCAGGACCUUCGCCAGGAGCUACAGCUUCAGCACGACCAGUAUUUAGAAGACAUGAAUCUGAAAUUCAGAGAAAAGCAGCAAGAGCUGGAUACACUUCAAGCCUCCUACAAGGAACUGCAGGCUCAGUCUCAAGAAGAAAUCCAGCAGCUGUGGUCUCAGCUGGAUUCCACACGAGCAAAUCGACAAGAGUUGAAUGAGCUCAAGCAGCAGCUUCUGGCUAGAGCAUCCCACGUGGAGCAGAUGGAACACCUGAAACAUGAUUUUGAGCAGCGGCAGCAGCAGAGGAGGGCCGAGCAUGAGAGUGAGCUAGAGCAGCUGCGCCUUUACUUUGAGCAGAAGCUGCGGGACGCUGAAGAGAGCUACCGAGAAGACUUGCACCUGCUCCAUCAGAGGCUGCAGGAGGUCAGGGAGGACUCCUUCCUCGACUCGGCAGACGUCAGUUGGUCCACUGGGUUUGUCGAAGAGGCAUCUGACGUGGAAAGAAAAGCCCACAUGGAGCAGCUGAUAAUUCAGCUGGAGCAGCAUAAGGAGGGGAUCGCACACUUGAGACUACAGCUCGAAGAGAAACACAGAGAUGAAUUGGACGCAUUAAAGGCUGCUCUGGAGACUCAUCACAAGGAGAAGUACAUGGCAGAGCUGGAAAGGGAGAAUCGCCAGCACUGCCUCGACCUCGAAGAGCUGCGUGCCCACCUCACAGAGGAGCACAGGAAAGAGAUUAUUAAGGUGAGACUACAGUGUGCUCAGGAUGCUGCCCGCCAGGUGGAAGCAGAGGUGGCAGAGAGGGUCGUGUUGGUCCUGGAAGAUGACAGAGCCAGAGAGGCCCAGCUGCAGGCCAAGGAAGGCCUCAUCUCCCAACUCACGGAAGAGGUUGGCCUUGCAAGGACAGAAAAUGCCAAACUGCAGGAGAAGCUGCAGCAUGAGAUCUCUCAGAAGGAGGAGGCAGAGAAUAUGAGAUGUCUUCUUGUUGAAGACCAUCAGAAAGAAAUAAAGAAGAUGAGGGAAGAGAUUCAGCAGAUGAUCCGCAGGGACAAGGACAAAGAGGAAGCCUGGCAAGGCCGAAGCAGAGAUCUCAGCAGGAAAGCCGAAGAGAGCCUGGCCGCGCUGGUUUUGGAGCUGAAUGGCAAGGCCGAGCGGGAGCAGCAGGCCUUGAGCAAGGCGUUUGACCUCCGCGUCACAGAGAUGGAGCAGCUUCGAGACCAGCAGGUGGCUGACAUUGCGAGGCUGGAGCAGUCCCUGAGACAGCGGGAUGAGAGCCGGGCCCAGGAGGAGGCCACCUGGCAGGCACGGGCUGCUCACGACCUGGAGGCGGCUAAGGCCCAGAUGGCCAGAGAGCUAGAGGCAGCCACCCAGAGGCUUCAGGAGGACUGUGCCUUGGAGUUGCAGACAAGCCGAACAAGAUUCUUGGAAGAGCAGAAAGAAACAACGCAGAAAUUCACUGAAAGACAAGAUGCUCUCUUCCGGGAGCUACAGGAGAAACAUGCCAAUGAGCUCCAGAUGCAGAGUCACCAGCUUCAGGAGAGGCAGAGGCAGCAGGCCGAGUCCCUGACCACUGAGCUGCAGACCCGGCAUCAGGAGGAGAUGGACGCCCUGCGGGCCUCCUCACGGAGCCAGCACCAGGCACAGCUGGAGGCCCGAGUGGCUGAGCUGCAGACCCAGCAUCAGGAGGAGAUGGAUGCCCUGCGGGCCUCCUUACAGAGCCAGCACCAGGCACAGCUGGAGGCCCGGGUGGCCGAGUUGCAGACCCAGCAUCAGGAGGAGACGGACGCCCUGCGGGCCUCCUUACAGAGCCAGCACCAGGCACAGCUGGAGGCCCGGGUGGCCGAGUUGCAGACCCAGCAUCAGGAGGAGACGGACGCCCUGCGGGCCUCCUUACAGAGCCAGCACCAGGCACAGCUGGAGGCCCGGGUGGCCGAGUUGCAGACCCAGCAUCAGGAGGAGACGGAUGCCCUGCGGGCCUCCUUACAGAGCCAGCACCAGGCACAGCUGGAGGCCCGGGUGGCCGAGCUGGAGACUCAGCACGCUGCAGAAAUUAGUGAGCUGGAAGCCAAACACUUGUCGAAUCUGGAUUCUUUGGAGUCCUGUUACCUGUCUGAGAUUCAGACUAUCCAGGAGGAGCACAGCCAUGCUCUGGAAGGGCUGCAAGUGAAGCUCGAGGAGCAGCUGCGGGCCAGGGAGGCUGAGCACCAGGGGCUGUUGGCUCAGGAGACUGAGAAGCACCAGCGAGAGCUGCAGCUGGCCCAGGAAAGCCUCAGAAUUGAGAUGACCACCGAUCAUAUUGAAAAGCUGAAGGCACUGGCCACGGAGCUGCAAGAUGCCCAUCAGGAGGACUUGCAGGCAGCCCUUCAAAGCCAGAGGUGUCUGCUGGAGGAAGAAAACCACAAGGCUUUGGACAGACUGGGUGCAGAGGUGCUCCGCAUGGAGGAGCAUCACCGUGAAGCCCUUCAGGAGCUCCAGGACAUCCACGUGGCCGAGCUCGAGAAGCAGAGAGCUGAGCGUGAGGAAGAUGCGCGAGUAGCAUCUGCCCAGGGUGAAGAGGCCAGACGGCGGCAGGAGUUGCUCUUUCAGCAGGAGACAGCGCUGCUUAAGGGCCAGGCCCAGGGACUGGAACAGCAGGUGGCCCGGCUCAAGGAUGAGCUGGAGACAGAGAAGGGAGCUGCUGGAUGGCAAGCGGAAGAAAGUGAGAAGGCUCAGGCCCUUUGCCAGAGGGAGAAAGAGGCACUGAUGUCACAGCUGCAGGAGCAGAGCAGCCUCAUUCUCCAGCUGAAAGAAAAAGUCUCAUCCUUAAAUAAUGAAGUAGCACAGACUCAUGGGGAGCUGGAAAAUCUUCAGGAACGGCGUGAACGAGAGCACGAGGAAGGGACGAACCUCAUAUCUCUGCUGAGAUCCGACAUAGAUCAGACCCAGCAUGAAAGGAAAACGCUGCAAGAAACAAACCAGCGGCUUCUGAGUCUGUUUGGGGACACUCUGAAGGCCGCCAUUGCUAUGAAGAGCCAGAUCAGUAAGAGGAUUGGGGUCUAUCUGGACGAAGACUUCCUGGGCAAAGAAAGUACCCCUGUGGGGAUGCAGGGACUGCCAGCCCAGGACAUGUGUCAGCUGCCUGGGGAUGUGUCCCCUCAAGUUUCCAUUCCCCCCCUGGAGUUUGAUCAGACCUUGCCUGAGUGUGAUGAGACAUUACUUGCUGCAGCUGACGUAAGCAGUCAUGUUCGAGAGAGCUUCUUUUUGAGUCCAGGAGUCACAGUGGAGUGUGAGCAGCCCAUCAGGAGAAUCUACCAGAGUCUUGGGGCAGCCGUGGACAACCUCCUGGAGAUGAUGCUGGACUCCAGCAAACAGCUGGAGGAGACCCGUGAACUUCAUGCUCGCUUUGAGAAAGAGUUUCACCGUAAAAAUGAGGAGACUGCCCAGGCGGUGAGACAGCACCAGGAGCUGAUGGACUGUUUAAACCAGGAGAGUGCGGCCAAGAAUCAGCUGGCACUGGAGCUCCAUAAAGCUGAGGGUCUCGCCGAAGGGUACAAAGCCGAGAAGGCCGUCCUGGAGGAGGCCCUCGCGCAGAAGGAAAAGUCUGAGCACCAGCUGGCUGUGGAGCUGGAGAACCUGAGGGGCCAGUUGCAGGCGCUGACCCAAGAACAAGCCCGGCUGAAGGAGGAGCAGAGCCUGUUGUUGAGGCAGAAGGAGAGGCUGAUUGUGGAGGCCGAGGAGAAGGCCACUGGUUUACUUACAGAAGUAGAACAUUUGGUGAAGGAACAAUCAGAAACUAAACAGCAGUCUGAGAAAGAUUGUUCAACCCUGCGCUCUCAGAUGAGAACUUUGGAACUAGAGUUGGAAGACCAGCUUGCACGCAAUCAGGAGCUUGCCCAGCAAGCGGCCGAAAUCCAGGACCUCAGACAGCAGAUUGUCUCUUUAGACAAACACUUACGGAAUCAACGGCACUUCAUGGAUGAGCAAGCCGUUGAGAGAGAGCAUGAACGGGACGAAUUUCAGCAAGAAAUCAGGAAGCUAGAGGAGCAGCUGAAGCAGCAGCCGCCAGCCAAGAGCCUGCUUUGGAGAGAGCGCCAGGACAGCGAGGUUGAAUCUCUACAAAGAAAAUUAAGAGAAAAAAUAGAUGAAUUAAAUGAAUCGGUUAUCAAAAAGGAGCUGGCAGAAAGACAACUAACAGCCCAAAAAGAUGAAAUCAGAAGCCUGGAGGAUACAAAUGCAGAAAUCAAAAGAAAAGUUAGCUGGCUUGAAGAAGAAUUGGAGAAGCAGAAGAAAAUCGGAAAAGAGUUGAAACAAGACAAAGAGGCCUUGCAGGAGCAGCAGAUGAACAACUUGAUCCAGAUUUCCACACUACAGUCCAAACUGGAUGAAACGAAACACUUGACGCUGGCCCCGGGGAGCCCGAACGAGGAGCAUCUUAAGGAGCAGUUGAAGGCAGAGCAGGAGGCUGUUCUGAUGAAAGAGAGGGAGGUUCUGGGCUUGAAGAAUGAGCUAGAACAGCUUAAGAACAAUUUGACGAGUAAAAGUGAUGAGCUCCUGCAGCUGAACUUAGAAUUAGCUCUGCAGAACAGGCAGCUCAGUGCCAGCGUCCAUGAGCUUUCUGUCAAGAAUGCCGAUUUCCAGGCAUUUCUACAAAGCAAAGAAAAGGAGAUUGUCUCUUUGAAUGAGCAGAUUAAGGGAUUACAGCACGAGGUAAUGAAAGACGGAAGCUCUGAAACAGAGGAGCUAAGAGCUGUGAUUGAAAAUUUGCGUGAGAACCAGGAACGGUUAAGAAGGGAGAAUCUGGAAGAGGUGGAGCAGCUGCAUGAAGUCAUUGAGAAGCUUCAGCGGGAGCUUUCUUUCCUGGGGCCCGUGGUUCAUGAGGUCAGUGACAGCCAGGGUGACUCGGAUGGCUCCCAGGCCGAGAAUCUGCAGCGCGAGCUCCAGAAGGGCCUCUUCGGCACCGACGCCCAAGCCGACCCCCGCGUGAAGCAGCUGCAGGAAGACCUGGAGGAGAAGGAAAGCCAGUUCCGACUGCAUGUGGAAGCCCUUGAGCGGGACCUGCAGAGCGUCCGCACGGCUUCUGCAGAGCAGCUGGGCCUGCUGAGGUGCCAGCUGUCUCUGAACGAGGCAGAGGCCAAGCGGGCGGCCUCGCACUCCCGGCACUGGAAGGCUGCCUUCCUCAAGAAGGAGGCCGAGGUCAGUGCUCUGACUGAAGAGAAGGACGCGUUCCUGGCUGAGCUGGAGGUGCUCGCGGCGGCCUGCUCUCACCUGGAGAGGGAGCUGGAGAGGCGAGAUGUGCCGGGCUCCCAGGAGCCUCCCGAGCUGUGGGUGCUUCGGGCUCAGUGCGUCGGCCUGAACCUGAAGCUGCAGGCCCUGAGCCAGAAGCUGGUCACUUACCAGACGGCGCUCGAUCAGCACAGGGCCUGCGGUCCCCGGUGUCAAAUGCAGAUUCAGAAACACUUGAAGGAAGCGGAGGCUCUCAGCCCGCCCAGGACAUGGGGGCCCGGGCGGCUCUUGGCCAGAGCUUCCACUCUGGAGGGUCAUUGCACUGGUUGGGUCUCUAAAGGAGGACCUCGUGCUGCACCUGCCACAGAGGAGUCUAGUCAAGAUGUGGGGCCGUGGCGGCUGCCCGCUGUUCCCCAGGGGCAGCGUGGUGAUGGCUUGAUUCAGCAGAAACCAAUGGAAAGUUAUCAGCUGCACAGAGGAGAUCUGAUAACCCAAGUGAGACACAUUCAAGAAAAGCUACAUCACCUGAUAAAGUCCAUAUCCCAUGGAGACAGCAAAGACGCCGCAGGCUGGACACAGCUGCACCCGCAGGGACUUGCAGAGCCCCCUGCGUUGGCAAGCCCUCCCCAGAGACCUCCAAGGCGUGUGUCAAGGACAGCGCAGGGCCAAUCACCAGCUGACCCAGGCCCUCCUUCCUCACAAGGGCCAGUCCCCAACGUCCUCUGCCACUCACGGGACUCAGCUCACAACACUCCAAGUCACGUGCCGCCAGGACAAGUCCGACACGAAUUUAAGGUGGACCAGAGCCUGGAUUCUUUUCCGAGCAGCCCCAGUGGAGACCUGUACGAUGCCAGUCCCCUCACUCCCGAUUGCUCCUACUGUGAAGAGCGAGCCCCGCCAUUGAUGAAAAGCCAGGAUUCUCCCCCUCCAGAUGGAGGCAGGUUUCCUCUUGAACCAGGUGAAGAGUCUGUACCCGGCUCGCCUUCCUCAGCAUGCAGCGCUGAGAAUGGGUCGCAAGAUGCAGAGCUCCCGGACACCAUUCAGCACUUCAGAGAUACGAUCCUGGACAUGGACUCCUCCUCGCUGGGCUCCCCGGAGCUGGUCAGAAAAGACUUCACACUAGAAAGUCUGCCCAGCAUCCACCUGACGCCCCUCUCGCAAGCCGCCGACCUUCAGAGCCCAGACUUGGCUUGGCGGUCCUUGGCUCUGCAAGAUUCCUUAGGAUGCUUGGGUUAUCCUGCUCUCCCAGGGCUGGGAGCGGCCCCUCUGGCUUCCCAGCCUCUGUCUUGUAGGGAAAGAUCACAGCCCAACGCCAGCCAUGACAUCGAAAGGAGGAUAUUGGACAAAGAUGAAGACUUCAUUCUAACAGCAACGGAUUCUCAAGAAGACCUGCAGUCCAAAGUAGGCGGCUUAGGUGCGGACAGCGAUGGACAUGAUGUCAGUGAGUUGGUGCUGCCCCCGGGCCUCCUCCUGCCAGCCUUUCCCCUGAGAAGGGCUCUAAGCUGGGGUGCUCCUGGGAGACUAAAGCAAGAUUCAGAAAGAUCAAGACCUCCACAUACCCACCUUGUGGCUUGUCUGCAGAAAUCUGGAGUGGUUCAGAGGCCUUUCAGACCAAUGAACGAUAAGUUAGAAAUGCAUUCCAGACAGAUGAAGGCGCUGCUGAAGAUGGUGUGUGAUGAGAGCCAACAGAUCUUGGUCUUGUCCAAAGCUGAAGCCUCUGGCCCGGAGCUGGGCAGUGAGCCGCUGCACACGCCCCUGGAUUGCUUUCAGAAGGAGAGGCAGGGCUUGCUGGAGGCUGUGCAGGCCCUCAAAGACCAUCUCACCAAAGUGCCCUCCAGAGGAGAGAAGGAGCCUUUGGACACGGGCUUUGACUGGGGAGAAUUUCUGCCCGCCAUCCAAGAAGUCCUGGAAAAGGAGCGGAACGUGCUCAAAAUAGAGCUGCAGUCCAAGCUAUGCAAUCUGGAGUCGGGAGAUGAAAGGUCCCUGCUGGAAAAGCUGGAGGACAUCGUCAAGGAGCAGGGAGAACUGCAGAAGAGAACCUUAGAGAAUCUGCAUCUGAGUGACCGGAGUGGCCUGUUGGCCGAGAUCCAGGCCUUGCACGCCCAGCUCCGCAUGACCCAUCUCCAGAGCCAGGAGAAGCUGCAGCAGCUCCACGAGGCCCUCACCAACGUCAAGGACCAUGGCAGCAAGCAGGAAUACCAGUUCCGGAGGCAAAUUGAGUUGCUGGAGUAUAAAGUCGAGCAAGAGAAAUGCCUAGUGAGGGACUUGCAGAAGACUCUUGCUGAGGAACAAGAGAAGGGGACAGAAAGCCAGAAGCUUCUGCUGGUGGCUCAGAACACAGCACAAGGACUCAAGUCUGAACUUGAAGGAUGCAGGCAGGAGAAGGAGACCCUUUCCCAGUCCCUGAGAGAUGCCCAGCAGGAGGCCGGCCACCUGAGAUCCCUGCUGGAAAGCAAAGAGCAAGAGCUGAAGGCAGCCCUGGACGUGCUGCAGGGCGAGAAGCAGAAGGCAAAGGAGCUGCAGGCCUUCGUGGAAGAGGAGCAGCGGCAGAGUCUGGAGAAGGACGAGCUGAAGUCCAGGACCAUCGAGGAGCUGCAGGCUUCUCUGGACAAGUUGCGCAGCCAGAAUGGGCAGCUUGCGGUCAGCCUCCAGCAUGAGCAGGCUGAGAAGGACAACCUGAAAAAGGAGCUUCAAAUCGAGUACUCGCGCUGUGAGGCGCUCCUGUGCCAGGAGCGCAGCCAGGCAUGCGAGCUCCAGAGGGCGCUGGAGGUGGAGAGGGGCCGUUCGGCAGAGCUCAGCGAGGCCCUGAACCACGAGCGCCUCGUCACAGAGCAGCUGAGCAAGCGCGCAGGCGAGGCGUGCACGCAGAAGGAGGUACAGCUGCAGCACGCCUUUGUGCGCAAGCUGAAGGAGGAAAAGGCGCGGGCCGCCCAGCUCCAGGCCCUGCUGGAGGAUGCCCGCCAGCAGAGCGUGGCUAGCCAGAAGCAGCUGGAGCUGGAGGUACAAAUGCACAGCGAGGAGCUGAAAAAGGAGAAAGAGGUGAGUGCGCUGCUGCAGGCCUCGGUGGACGCCCUCCAGAAGCAGAAGCAGGAGCUGCUGUUGUAUCUGGAGAAGGAGAGGGCCAAGCAGGGCAGGCUGCAGGCAGAACUAGAGCACUUACAGACCAGGCUGAAGGAAGAGGCCGGCAAGGAGGCCAGGAGGGAGAAGGAGAAAAGGCGUGAGGCGCAAGCAGAGGAAGACAAGGGCAAGAAGGGCAAGAAAGACAAGGAGAGGCUGGGCUGGCAGCGGGAGUUAGAGCUGCAGCGGCAGAGAGACGAGCACAAAAUCCAGCAGCUGCAGCAGACGAUCACCGAGCUCGAGAAGGACAGGGGCUUUGUGCCCAGAGCCUGGCAGGAGUGUGGAAGUGGGGCAGCCCUUCCCCCUGCCGCGGAGAAGCUGCUGGGGCAUCACGACCAGCUGGAGCACAUCCGGCAGCAGCUGCUGCACGUGCUUGGGCUUCUGACCAGCUUCAUGAACCAGACCGUUAACAGAACAGUCAAUGACUGGACAUCAUCAGAUGAAAAGGCUGUGACAUCUUUGCUGCUCACUCUGGAGGAAUUGAAAUCGGAAUUAACGUCAGGCCUCCCUCAAGAGGAAGACGUGGCUGCCGUGGGACCACCGCCGGUAGUCACGUGGUUGGGGCAGAAACACAAAACCGGCACCCUUAAUAAAAAAAAUGCCCAGGCCCAGAUCAGUCUCAUUGACGUGUUGCUGAAGGAAAACGGCUCCCUCACCAAAGCCCUGAGCACCAUGACCCAGGAGAAGGUGGAGUUGUGCAAAACUGUCUCCAAGCUGGAGAAGACGCUCAAGCACCAUCUGCAGAAGGGCUGCGGGCACAUCUACAAAUACGUGGAUCGCAUUGGCACAUUCCAGAAAGCUGACAAAGCUGCCUGGAAACAACAGAAAAUGGCUUUACAAGGCACGAGGCACAGCGAAUCAGGGAUGGUGAAAGCGGCUUUCAAGAGCGAAACCAACCAUGGAGGGAACACGUGUCGCAUCAGGAUGGAAAAGUUAUACCUGCAUUUCCUACGAGCAGAGAGCUUCCGCAAGGCCCUGAUUUAUCAAAAGAGGUAUCUCCUGCUGCUGAUCGGGGGAUUUCAGGAUUCUGAGCAAGAAACCCUCUCCAUGAUUGCACAUUUGGGAGUGUUUCCCUCCAAGGUGGACAAGCGGGCUUUUUCGUCUCGCCCCUUUACCAAAUUCAGGACGGCGGUCAGGGUGGUCAUUGCCAUUUUAAGGCUACGCUUCUUGGUGAGAAAGUGGCAGGAGCUGGAUCGAAGAGGGACGUUUGCCCAGAGCAGCGAGCUCGACUCAGUGCCCGAGGAAGCGGUGGAGGUUUCGAGGCAGCCACCGCCGCCGCUGUCAUGUUCACCAUCGCUCCCUGAAACCACCAGCUCCCCUCCCACACAAGAUCUCUCCUCAAGCUCUCUGAAACCGAGAUGUUCGCCGUCCCCCACCUACCGCCUGUGGGACAGAGCCCUCACAUCCCCGGGUUCAAGUGCCGACGUUUAUGACAGCUCUCAAGACCCGGAGCACUCAUUAACAGAGUAUAUUCACCACUUGGAGGUCAUCCAGCAGAGGCUAGGGGGCGUCCAGCCAGAGCUGAGUUCAAAAAAACCUGGCCAUCAGAAGACCAAAAAGAUGAGCCCCUGAGUGCAGUUUGUUCCCAGAGGUAGCAGAAGCUGGGAUUUCUCAGGUUUCCUCUUUCCUUCUGUGCCCCUUGUCCCCUCCUCCUCCUCCUCUUUUUUUUUUUUAAGAAAGCAUCUUGGUGCUGCAGCACAGGAUUGUGGGAAGACCCUGUUCACAUGUCUUUAUCUGCUCUCACAACAUCAGCUAAUUAAAAGUGUUCUAGUCCUUAUGAGUGUCUUUACACCUUGUAUUGUUGUGUGAGCCUGGAGAGCUCAGACCUCCUCGCCCAGCCCAUGUUCCUGCCUGCACCAAUAAAAUGUAAACUAGGAUGUGUCCUCCUGGUGUGGAUUUUUCUAAAGUGUAUAGCUGGACACCUUGUAAAAAGUCAUUAAAAGCAAAGCGCUGUUUUA